CAAAGUCUCACAGCUCUCGCUCCUCGCCCUCGCCCUCGCCUUCGACUUUGCGACCUUGGUCUGACAUGUCCCUAAACAGCAUCUUAGCAUGGCGAAUUAUCAGUGCCCUUAGUGGCUACUUGAUAUUCACCCUGCCUGAGACAGUUGAGGAUUUUGAUUGUCUGGACGAGGCUGCUAUCCUCAUUGGUAACUCAAAGGAAAAUUUCGACUUUGAACUGACCAGAGUCUUUGUUCGGCCCAGAUUGCCUUGUGAUAUACCUCCCGAAAGGAUUGCUACCUGCGAAGAAAAGCUGGUGAAAGUCAUUUUACUGCUUGAGUCACUGGUGAACCCAAGUCAUAACCAAAAGUUCACGGGACAAGAGCCCGAUAACAAGUUUGGACAUCUUUUCAGUCAUGACACCAAGUACAAGAGGCUCUGGGCGCUGCUAGAACUCCUAGAAACGUCACGAGUGCCUUUCAACCUCAUAAACGGCCCUUUGGGCCCUGCAUUUAAUCUGCCACCAGACGAUUCGGUUGCAGCCAACCUGGAGACAGUUCUGGAUCUCAACCACUUUCUCGACUCAGUACCACUCCCCCAGCAGACCAAAUCGAUUCCAGCGGCUUUGGAGUCGUCCGAUUCCGUCGAAAUUCAAGAUUCCAGUAUACGAGACUAUGCAACGUCGGCUUUUGGCGCCAUUUUCAGUCACCUCCAGCACUGCCAAACGGAACACAAGCUCAUGCUUUAUCUCCCUAAGCAACACGAUAGUAGUGACUGUGCACCGAAGAUAUUGCUGGAUAUGUUUAUUUCUGUCUGCCCUGAUCAUUGCGACUGGCAAGAGACGCAAUGUGGCAAGCGCGAAAAUCUCGACGUUGGCCCUCGAACAGUACGAAAUAUGGACCUUUGUAGCAAGAUUAAAGACUCCCAGUCAGACCGAGAGGGGUUGCAUUUACAUGUGACUGGGGACCAGAUUCAGAAUCUCUCACAAGCAACACAAACUACACUCCACAGUAACAAAUUUCCUAGGAAGUCUCUCCACACCUUACUUGAGAGCGGGGCUUUCAAGGGGUUCGAUCUUAAUAGCAUGACCUCGAAUCGAUUUAGUAGAGGCCAGAAGAGGACUCUUGCCACAAGUAUCGCCUCCUCCCUCUGUCGUCUACUGGGCUCGGAAUGGGUUGGGAAAGGAUGGUGCGCCAAAGACAUGCUCUUUCUCGCCGAUGAAGAUGGCCAAAGUGAAUCAGACAUACCUGUUGGACCAUUCAUAUCGUGCUCUCCGGCUGGCCCCUACCUUGCUGACUAUGUUAAAUGGGAAUCAAAGCUUGCAAAUACAAAGCCACCCGUAUUCCUCUUUCUUGGAAAGCUACUAUUAGAGAUCGAUCUUGGCGGAAGUUUGGACAGCCAUAUUGAAGAGGAGUUGAAGAAAGAUACAAAGGAGACCGUCUGGUUACUUUUAUCGGGAAUUUACAAAAACUCUAAGGGUCAUCUCGAGUACGGCGAUGCAAUCGACGCGUGUCUCAGGUUCCACAAGGUUCGCAAGAUAAAAUUUGAGGCAGAGGAGUUAACUGGAGAUCCUGGGGAGUGGUGCGAGUGGGACAGAAGAUACAUCAAGGAUGUGGUCGAGAAGCUUGUGGUACCUUCCACAAGUAUUCCUACAGCAGCGAAGACAACGACUUCGAAGGUGGACCACCACGGAGGCCAAAAGACGAUUCAGGAUACGUCGAAACAUUCUUAUCUGUUCUCAAUCAGACCUAGAAAUUCUCCUCGGACCUCUAACUCUCAGGGGAGUGGAUCGAGAGACAACACUUCCUCAGCAUCUGCUGUUUUCUCUGUGCCUCCUCAAUCCAGCUCGAGCUCUAGCUCCUCAGUCAGUGAAGUCCACCACUAUCAAAACUCGGCACCAAGUAAGAUUAGUAAAUCCCAGCAGUACAUGUCUGGCGACAAUCAAGGGGACAACUCUCUAGAUAUGACGAAAGCAACACCAAACUACCACAUGUCGCGGUGGUUUGCUGGUCUAGACGGUCCAAACGAUACAGUUCAUCUAAAUUCUCAAGAACCGUGGCAGUUCUUCGAAAUAGAAAAUACUGAGCUGGAAGGUGAGAAUAAGAGACACAUUUACCGAAACUGCGGCGCCAAAUCAUCGCCCCUAAAUCUAAAGAGGAGCCUGAAAAGAUCCGGAAAAUAAAGAUUGCUUUGAUCGAUACCGGUGUAGACCUUUCUGAUCCCCUCAUACUGCCAGAGCAUGUCAAUGGAAGAAUCAAGGGGCAAAGCUGGGU